AGCCGGGCGUGGUGGUGGCAAGAGGGCGAAGGACCUCUCGACCCCUGGCCCCAUCCGAGCCCUAGGCAAAGACUUAGGAGCCGAGCAUGCCAGCGCUGUUCCUGAUCUGCGGGGCCGCAGCAGCUGUUUUCACCUUCCUGGAUGGCUGGUACCUGCUGAGGAUGCCCCUCACCUGGCUGUACGCCAGGUGGCUGCUGCCCGCCGUUCCAGACCUGCUGGAAGAGCAGCAUUUCCACACCUGGGUCCUGCCUUCCGACCUGGACUUCUUGCUGCACAUGAACAAUGCCCGCUACCCCCGAGAGGCCGACCUGGCCCGGUGCGUGCACAUGACCCGCUGCGGGCUCUUCCAGGCCAUCCGGGCCCUGGGGGGCCACACGGUGCUGGCCGCCUCCUGCUGCCGAUUCCGGCGCUCCCUGCGCCUGCUGGAACACUUCACCAUCCGGACACGCCUGCGGGGCUGGGACCACCGAGCAUUCUUCCUGGAGCAGCGUUUCGUCAGUGCCCGGGAGGGUUUCGUCUGCGCCGUGCUGCUGGUGCGGCAGCAUGUGAUGGGCACCACUCCGGGCAUGGUGGUGGAGCGGGUGUGCCGGAGGAAGGUAGAGUCCCCAGCCCUUCCAGAAGAGAUCCAACAUUGGUUGAAAUACAUUGAAGCCAGCAGCCAGACCCUCAGGGCAGAGAGUGAUGUCCAAGAAAAGAACAAACCCCAGUGAUCUGGUUCCUCAGAAGCCUUGCCACCAUCAUCCAGACCAAGCUGGCAAUUCCAGAGAUCGGGCAGGAUUUACCAUCUCCCCUUUGCUGUAUGUACCUGAAGGAAAAUCUGGAAUUGCUGGACUUGAAGGUCCUGAAUACCAAAUUGGCCACUCUGCAGGAAUCCCAAAGGCCCGGUGCCAAGAUGCCAAAUGUCAAAGCAA